GUUCAAUUCCCCACAAUUCUAGGUUAAGUCGUAUCAGUUUUGUUAAUAAAUUGUGAUUUGUUAUUGUUUUAUUUAUCAAAUUAUGUCUUUCCUUUCUGAUAUUGUUGUUUCUGUAAACAUGUAAAGUUGCCACACAAAAUGGAAGUGAAUCCCAUAAGCGUGAUUCUUGUAAAAUCGGACAGUAAAGGCGAUAGACUCCUGUUUAGAUACCCCUUUGAAGUGCAGGAAAAGAAAGUAACGUCAAAUAUGCGAGGCAAAAACCCGUACGCCAUAAAAACAACCGGGGAUCUGCUUUUCCAAAAUCCCAUAUCUGUUUCUUCGAAUAUUCGUAAAGGGGUUUUAACAGGGUUUAGUGACGAAGUUUUGUCUACAUUAUUUGCUGUGAAAACUGAACUGUGUGAUAAAAAGUUUGAGCUUAAAAUCAACGAUGUGAGAUUUGUGAGCCAUCCAACUCUGUUGCAGUUAAGAAACAAGCAACCUGAUAAUGAUGAUUCUGGACUUAUGCUUGUCAAUAUAGUUUUUGCUCUUUCAGCAUUGGCAAGUCAUUCCGUCGUUAAAUGUUAUCAUGAUUUAAGUCAAAGAAUGGGGAUUGUUUUGAGACACGAGGAAAGACGCUGUGGCUUUGUUUCUGAACAGACUCAGGUUAUGAUGACUGCACACGAUGAAGGGUAUACCAACAACCACAGUGCCGCUUUCCAAGUAAUUUUGGAAAAGUGUAUUUUAGCAAACAAUAUUAAGAAAAUGUAUGAUGACUUAUGCGCAACAGGGAUUGUAUCAAUCAGGAUUAACAAGUGGAUACCUUUGAGUUUCUGUUUGCCUCAGAAGGUUCACCAGUGGCAUAUGAGAGGCAGAAUUGUUGAACCCGAAGAUAUUGAAAGGUGUUUGCAAGCAUUACGCCCCUAUCACAGUUUGCUUCUGUUGUAUCCAAUUCAACAUUUAACCGACUUCACAUCAUUGGAUAGUUCACCAUCUCUGCUAAGAUUAUUAAUGCAAUACUCUCCACUGAAAAAUUUGCAGACCUUAGCUGCAGAUUCCGAUUUAACCUUAUCUCAUGUGUUUGAAUUAACUGCUCAUUUGGUUUAUUGGGCCAAGGCCACGAUAAUUUUUCCAAUUUGUUCCAAGAAUAAAUAUGUGAUUUCUCCCAAUGCCCCCAUUCAUAUGAACUCUCCGCUUAUGGAAAAAUUCAAUGAGGUUUUCCCAGGCUGUAACUUAAUUAAAUCUAUUGCAGAAUUUUCAUUGCCUUCAUCCCUUGGGCAGAAAGUCAAUCCCCUGUUUCAUUCUGCUCAACAAUCUCAGUUGGUCCAGAAAAUUAUUUGGAUGCUCCAACACCAUCUCUUGGUCCAGUUGCACACUUAUGUGCAGUACAUGCCCACAGAAAAUGGUUUGCUCCAACAAAAGAAUUACAAGAAGGACAUAAAAUCUCCUUCUCCUCGGGCUAGUUCUGUGUUGUCAACAUCAUUCCCUUUGAAUGAAUUUUCUAGAACUGAAUCGGAGAGUGGUGCAUCGACCAUAUCUGAGACGCCGGAAAUGUUCAUGAGAAACUGCAAUCUAGAGAAUAUCAGCUUUAUUUCCACUGAUGAAGACAAACACGAUUACCAAGAGGAAUUGUUAUUGGACUUUCCCGACGAUGAAAGAAGUUCAAUUUUCAAGGUACAAGCCACAAACCAUCCUGAAGAUUUAAAACUGUUUGCAAAAUUGUGCAGGAAACAAUACUUUCAAGGAAAUCAUCACAUAGAAGAGAUAAUGUACCUGGAAAAUUUACGGAGGAGCCAACUGUUGCAGCUGCUCGAUAAGUUUCGCGAAGUACUCAUCACUUAUGAAUCGGAGGAUCCCGCCAUCGCGAUGUUUUCCUGUUCCACGUGAAACUAAACUAAACCUUGUUGAAUUUUUUAUAAUACAAGUUAUGAUCUCUGUUGUGUACCAAUAUGCUUUAUGUUAAUAAAAUUUUACUUCUGAGUUUCAUUUGUUUCGUCAAACAGCAG